UGCAAGCGAGCACAGACGCAGGUCUUUCUGUGCAUCCACACAGGCGGAGGGCUGGCUGCUGAUAGUCAUGGCGAAACUGGUGGUUCUCACGCUUCUGGGGCUGGGACUAGGACUCAUCAGGGACUACCGAUCUUCUUACCAGUCUCGACUUAAUGCUGGGCGAGAGGUGACACAGGUGGAACUUCCUAAUUGCAAUUUAAUUAAAGGGAUAGACAGCGGUGCUGAAGACUUGGAGAUUCUUCCUAACGGGCUGGCUUUCCUGAGUACUGGGUUGAAAUAUCCUGGAAUAAAGAGCUUUGAACCCAACAAGCCUGGAAAAAUCCUACUGAUGACCCUGAAUGAGACAAACCCAGCAGUUUUGGAAUUGAAGAUCAUUGGCAGUAACUUCGAUGUUUCUUCAUUUAACCCUCAUGGGAUCAGCACAUUCACAGAGGAAGAUAAUACUGUGUACCUGCUGGUGGUGAACCAUCCAGAAUCUAAGUCCACAGUGGAGGUGUUUAAAUUUCAAGAAGAAGAAAAAUCACUUUUGCAUCUGAAAACCAUCAGACAUGACCUUAUGCCUAAUUUGAAUGACCUCAUCGCUGUGGGACCAGAGAAGUUUUAUGCCACAAAUGACCACUAUUUCGUGAACCCCUAUUUACGAUCCUGGGAGCUGUAUCUGGGGUUAGCGUGGUCCUAUGUUGUUUACUACAGCCCGAAUGAUGUCCGUGUUGUUGCAGACAAAUUUGAUUUUGCUAAUGGGAUCAACAUUUCACCUGAUGGCAAGUAUGUCUAUAUAGCUGAAUUGCUGGCUCAUAAGAUUCAUGUGUAUGAAAAGCACGCUAAUUGGACUUUAACUCCAUUGAAGUGGCUGACCUUCAACACACUGGUGGAUAACAUUUUGGUGGACCCGGUGACCGGGGACCUUUGGGUCGGAUGCCAUCCUGACGGCACAAGAAUCUUCUUCUAUGAUGAAGAGAAUCCUCCUGCAUCGGAGGUGAUUCAAAUCCGGGAUAUCUUAAGCGAUGAACCCAAAGUAACAGUGGUUUAUGCAGAUAAUGGCAGAGUGUUGCAAGGAAGCACAGUCGCCUCUGUGUAUAAAAGGAAGCUGCUGAUUGGCACCGUCUUCCAAAAAGCUCUUUACUGUGAGCUCUGACAGGCCUGUGUGCACUGUGCACCAGGAAAGCCAAGCCCAUCAUUUCUAACCCGCUGCCACGUCGUAUGGGUUACUUUGAGCUCAUCUGCUGACUGAACAUGGACCCUGAAGUGGACCUCACGAGGAAUCAGAGUGCUUUUUAACUGGGAGCAGAUGCAAUGGCUUUUCUGAGUCUGAACGUCAGAAUACUUGAAAAUUUCACUUACCAAUAAAAAAAUCCUUCCCAAUAAAAUGGCUUCAAAUAUCCUGUUAA